GACAGACACCGCAAGAAAGAGGGAACGCAAGCAGAGGGAGUGGGAGGGAGAAGCAGGUUUCCUGCUAAGCAAGGAUCCUGAUGCGGGGCUCGAUCCCAGGACCCCGGGACCAUGACCCGAGCGGAAGGCAGACGCUUACCGACUGAGCCACCCAGGCGCCCCUGAAGACUUUAUUUUUACGUAAUCGCUACACCCAGUGUAGGGCUCCAUCUCACAGUAAGAUCGAGUCACAGGCUCCACCGACUGAGCAGCCAGGCGCUCCCAGUUUUUUUCCCCCCCGGUUUUCAUUUGAGUAAAACGGACCUUCACUGGCCGUUUCUAGUCUGUUCGCAGAUGUGGGAGUCGAUUCUGAACCCGCCCAGGGGGUGUCCUGGGCUCUAGGCUGGGGAGGGCCACAGUCACGGUGACUUUCCCACACGGCAAACUCGGAAAUUACGUCAGUAACUGUCUACAUCUGAACGAGUUGUAUUUGCUUUAUGCCGAACAAAACCGGAGAGCUCAAAGUGCGUGGUAACAAUGCGUGUGUGCGCUUCCUUUCACCGGCUUGUGUUCAAGUGGCCGGAUCGGUACUUUCUCGAAAGGGCGGUUACAUCUGCCGCGGCGACGCACCGGUGCCUCUUGGCCAUUUCUGUCGAAAUCGACCACCUGGGACUCCGUUCCGCAAAAGUACGGUAAACGUGAGCCGUGUCCGUCGCGCGCUCGUCACGGAGGGGCCGUCCCGUGUCCGCUCCCGAGCUGACGCCACGGCCGCCCCCCGUGGCCUCCGCAGUUUUCAGCACGAAGGGAGGAGACAGGGAAGGCGUCCCUGUCCCCAAGGAUUCAGGAAAUCGCUGUCCGUUCCACUCGCCCUCUUUUUGCCCGCAUUCGUCACGGUCGGCAUUUUCCGUGUCAGAUGUCACUAACGUGGGUCUGCGGCCCCCCGAAACCACGAAGGCCGGCGGGGUGCCGCGCGGGGCAGGGACGGGACCCGGGGAGCGGGGGUAGGCGCGCGGCCCGAGCAGGCGCCCCGGGGCGGCGGCGGCUCCGCGUCAGUAGGUGGGGCCACCGAGGGAUCCCAGGGCGGAAGUGACGUAGGCCCGCGCGCCGGAUCCCCUCGCCCCGGAGGCUGCGGCGGGCCCCGCCCCCGCGUGUCAUCAGGCCGCGCCGACGCAGGAAGUGGCGACGCUGCUGGCGCGCGCCGGGCGCUGUUUCUCCUCAGGCUCCGGGACCGGUGGCGGCGGCGGCGGCGGCGGCGGCGGCGGUGCAGGGCGUUUGGACUCCAAUGGGUGAUGAAAAGGACUCUUGGAAAGUGAAAACCUUAGAUGAAAUUCUUCAGGAAAAGAAGCGACGGAAGGAACAGGAGGAGAAGGCAGAGAUAAAGCGCUUAAAAAACUCUGAUGACCGGGAUUCCAAGCGGGAUUCCCUUGAGGAGGGGGAGCUGAGGGACCACCGCAUGGAGAUUACGAUACGGAACUCACCAUACAGAAGAGAGGACUCCAUGGAAGACAGAGGAGAGGAAGAUGAUUCUUUGGCUAUCAAACCACCACAGCAAAUGUCUCGGAAAGAAAAGGCUCAUCACAGGAAAGAUGAAAAGAGGAAAGAGAAACGUAGGCAUCGUAGCCAUUCAGCAGAAGGGGGGAAGCACGCUAGAGCAAAGGAAAAAGAGCGAGAGCACGAGCGCCGGAAACGGCACCGAGAGGAGCAGGACAAGGCUCGCCGAGAGUGGGAGAGGCAGAAGAGGAGGGAGAUGGCCCGGGAACACUCCAGAAGGGAGAGGGACCGCCUCGAGCAGCUGGAGAGGAAGCGGGAGAGAGAACGAAAGAUGCGCGAGCAGCAGAAGGAGCAGCGGGAACAGAAGGAGCGGGAGCGGCGGGCCGAGGAGCGGCGCAAGGAGCGCGAGGCCCGGAGGGAAGUUUCUACGCAUCACCGAACGAUGAGAGAAGACUAUGGCGACAAAGUGAAAGCAAGCCACUGGAGUCGCAGCCCGCUACGGCCACCCCGGGAGAGGUUUGAGCUGACAGACGGCCGGAAGCCAGUAAAAGAAGAGAAAAUGGAAGAGAGAGACCUGCUGUCCGACCUACAAGACGUCAGCGACAGCGAAAGGAAAACCAGCUCCGCUGAGUCCUCGUCAGCGGAGUCAGGGUCGGGUUCAGAGGAGGAAGAAGAGGAGGAGGAGGAAGAAGAGGAGGAGGAGGAGGAGGAGGGGAGCAGCAGUGAAGAAUCGGAGGAGGAGGAGGAGGAGGAAGAGGAGACCGGGAGCAACUCUGAGGACGCAUCUGGACAGUCGGCUGAGGAAGUGAGCGAGGACGAGAUGAGUGAGGACGGGGAGCGGGAGAGCGAGAAUCAUGUCCUGGUCGUUCCAGAGUCCCGAUUUGACCGAGACUCCGGAGACAGUGAGGAAGGGGAGGAAGAAGCCGGCGAGGGCACUCCGCAGAGCAGCGCCCUGACUGAAGGCGACUUCGUGCCGGACUCUCCUGCCCUGUCACCCAUUGAACUCAAACAAGAGCUGCCCAAGUACCUCCCUGCCCUGCAGGGUUGUCGGAGCGUGGAGGAAUUCCAGUGCCUCAAUAGGAUCGAAGAAGGCACUUACGGGGUGGUGUACAGAGCAAAGGACAAGAAAACAGAUGAAAUUGUGGCUCUGAAGCGGCUGAAGAUGGAGAAGGAGAAAGAGGGCUUUCCAAUCACAUCUCUGAGGGAGAUCAAUACCAUCCUCAAGGCGCAGCACCCCAACAUCGUCACAGUCAGGGAAAUAGUCGUGGGCAGCAACAUGGACAAGAUCUACAUCGUGAUGAACUAUGUGGAGCAUGACCUCAAGAGCCUGAUGGAGACCAUGAAGCAGCCUUUCUUGCCAGGGGAGGUGAAGACCCUGAUGAUCCAGCUGCUGCGUGGUGUGAAACAUCUGCAUGACAACUGGAUCCUGCACCGGGACCUCAAGACCUCCAACCUGCUGCUGAGCCACGCUGGGAUCCUCAAGGUCGGCGACUUCGGGCUGGCAAGGGAAUACGGGUCCCCUCUGAAGGCCUACACUCCAGUCGUGGUGACCCUGUGGUACCGUGCCCCAGAGCUGUUGCUUGGCGCCAAGGAGUACUCCACGGCUGUGGACAUGUGGUCGGUGGGCUGCAUCUUUGGGGAGCUGCUGACUCAGAAGCCGCUCUUUCCUGGGAAGUCGGAGAUCGAUCAGAUCAACAAAGUGUUUAAGGACCUGGGCACCCCCAGUGAGAAGAUCUGGCCUGGCUACAAUGAUCUCCCCGCAGUCAAGAAGAUGACCUUCACUGAAUAUCCCUAUAACAAUCUCCGUAAACGCUUUGGGGCGCUGCUCUCAGACCAGGGCUUUGACCUCAUGAACAAGUUCCUGACCUACUUCCCUGGGCGGAGAGUCAGUGCCGAGGACGGCCUCAAGCAUGAGUAUUUCCGAGAGACCCCCCUCCCCAUCGACCCCUCCAUGUUCCCCACGUGGCCCGCCAAGAGUGAGCAGCAAAGGGUGAAGCGUGGCACGAGCCCACGGCCCCCCGAGGGAGGCCUGGGCUAUAGCCAGCUGGGCGACGACGAUUUGAAGGAGACGGGUUUCCACCUCACGACCACAAACCAGGGAGCCUCGGCCGCGGGGCCUGGCUUCAGCCUCAAGUUUUGAGGGUCGGCACAGAGCCGCGCCAGCCCUGCGGGGGGCUGCCCAGCACGACUCAGCCGGGCCCCGGGCCAGUGCCGGAGGCAAUGUGUGGGGCCAGACCCGGGCCCUGCUCUGAGCGGACGCAGCUGCUGCAGGCCGGCGUGGCCAUGGGUCUCCACCUCAAGGCUCAGACUGCCCGUCUGUUUGCUUUUCCACGUUUUAUUUUUGUUUUAUCUUGGCUUGUAAAUUUGUAGAAUUAAAUCACAUUUUCCUUGUGGAAGGAAA